UCGGAAUAAACUAGUACUAGAAAACGAGAAAGCAGUCGACAUUACUUGCAGCGCACUCGCUAGACGUUUUGAGGAAAUCUAACGUCGUAACAUGUAGCUAGCUGUUAGCUUUUUCUAUUUUCUUAAAGAUUUGAAAUGGCUGAAACGUUGCCUCCGACACGGAGAGGCUUUUUAGACUUCAGUCCAGUAAAGAGAGAGGACGCUAACAAGGAGAACGAUGUUCCGGUUUUGGUUUUGACUCUGUUUUCAAAGGCUCCUUUUGUGACCUUUGGAACAGUGAAGCUGGGAACCUCCAGGUCAGUUGUUUUGCGUAUAGAGAACCCUAAUGAGGACGCAGAAGCGGAGGUCACCGUCGACAAGAUCCCCUCAAGUAAAGGCUUUUCUGUGAACCACAACACGUUCACCAUUCAGCCUGAGAACGCAUUCACGUUGACAGUAACUUGGACUCCAACAGAAGAAGGCGGAAUCAGAGAGCUCAUCAUCUUUAAUGCCAAUGGCGUCCUCAAGCACCAGGCUGUGCUCCUGGGGAGAGCAGAAGCACCGAAAAAGAAAAAGAAGAGCUUAUGGGACACUAUCAAAAACAAAAAGGAGGGUGAAAAAGUAGCAGCACCCAGAAGAAAGAAAACAGAACAGCCACUGAAGAUGGCAGCCAAUAAAACCUUUCAAGUAUCCCGACAGCCACAGUACAGACGGGAAAAGCCACGCAGCCCGCUUGCCUCCCUCAAUGAGGGCAAAACUAUCAGAGAGAGGUCCCUGUCCAAGCGUAGUCCCAUUGACGACUACUCUCAAAAACCAGAGGAGCAGAAGGCCUUGAAUCCUACCCAGAGGCAGCGGUCUCUGGGCUUGUUGAACCAGGAGAAUAUCCAAAAUGUUCAGAGGAACUCUCCUCUUGUCCUACUCGUCCCAGCCGGAAAGUUGAUGGACUCUGGCAACGUGUCUGCCAGCCCAGAUGCCUCGGUGGGCAAACCUGAAAACAGAGAUCUUAGCAAAAUGCUCAACAGGACGCUGUCACCAAUCGGGACACCAGAGAUGUUUAAGAAGCUCAUGCCACGUAUUCAGUCAGAUAGCCCACCUUCUGUUACUGACAAGUCUGACGUUAAUGCUGACAGUGUGUUAACUGGAACCCCAGCUCUCUCUUUGAAGGAUGCUCUAGCCCUUAUUGACUCCGAUCUGAGCCACUUAAACAUCAGUCCUCGGGAGAGUAGCUCCAGCUGUGGCUUUUCAGAUUCACUGGAAUCAAAGAGUGGGAAUCAUGGCAGUGGACCUGAAGGAAAUGUCCUCAAAGCUUUGCCUGAUAGCCCACAAGCUUCCGAGUCCAAUGAGCCAAGACUGACUUUCUUUGUCAGCAAAAAGGUUGUUGUGAGUGAUGUUGUUGUGACAGAGGUCGACGAUGCUUCGGAAAGGGUCAAAAAGGCCUCUUUUACCUCUGCCACAGUAACCAAGGGCAAAGCACCUGUGGAGGUAAACCUUUCGAGUGGACGGAAAAUAAAGAAGUCAAGAAGGAGGCUGUUAGAGAAAACACUUGAGCUGUCUGAUGGCAGCAGUCAUUGUGAGUCUGGACCAGGCACUCCAACCCUCCCCAUUAUAGACUCAGACACAGAUACCAGGGGAUGGCAGAACUCUGACUCUGCCAGCUCCCUGUGCGAUGACCGACAUUCAGCCCAAGAGUUCACCUCCUCCUGCGUGACUCCACAGCUCAACAGCUCAUCUACACCAAUCACCUUCCCCAUUAUCUCCCCUCCAUCUAUGCCCCCUGCCCGCUUCUCUUUCCCAGCCACUUCCCCACCUCACAUGGCCUCAGCUUCCGUCGCUCUUACUGUCACCUCUCCGUCGCCCCUGGGUUCAUCUUCUCCUCUUCACCACAACCUCACUCGCAUUUCUCCAACAGCUUUGGCACCUCCGUCAGUUGAGGAAGACUUAUUUCCCAUCCACAUGGCAGUGAAGAGCAAGAAGAGGAAGAGUGAGGAGUAUUUGAAAAGUGAUGCGAAGAUUGAGGACGUUGGGAAAAAUGAGCGCGUUAAAAGGAGUAGGGUGGUACCUGGCAAACCCGGGCCCCCGAAAUCAAUCCAGGAGAGAAGAAGCGUGUCACAGAGACAACAGCCGAGAGCAGCAGGCUCGGCCCGAUCAACAUCAUCUCUAAAGACUACGAGGUCUGUUGUUCCUGCACAGGCAAAGACAUCGAGCUCCGGGCUCAACUCACGAGUCGUCCAGUCUGUGAAGCCAUCUGGUGCUCCAUCAGUGAAGACCAAAAAAGUUGUUGCUGUUGCGCAGUCAAAACUGACCUUUAUUAAGCGGGCACAAACAGCCAUCCCGAGACACCCGAUGCCGUUUGCUGCCAAGAACAUGUUCUAUGAUGAGAGGUGGAUCGAGAAGCAGGAGCGGGGAUUCACGUGGUGGAUCAACUACGUCCUCACUCCAGAUGACUUUAAAGUCAACACCGAAGUCGCUAAAGUGAAUGCUGUGUCCCUCGCCAUGGGCAGUGAUGACAAGUACAGUGUGCCUAAAGCUCCUACCAAAGAGGAGAUGUCCUUCAGCACCUACACGGCCCGACGCAAGCUAAAUCGCCUCCGUCGCUCAGCUUGCCAGCUGUUCACAUCUGAGGCCAUGGUCAAGGCUAUUCAGAGGCUGGAACUAGAAGUUGAGGCCAAGAGGCUGCUCGUCCGAAAAGAUCGCCAUCUUUGGAAGGACAUUGGUGAACGCCGCAAAGUCCUCAACUGGCUUCUUUCAUACAAUCCCCUGUGGUUACGGAUAGGGCUCGAGACAAUCUACGGGGAGUUAAUUUCAUUGGAGAGCAACAGCGAUGCCGUGGGUCUGGCUAUGUUCAUCCUCCAGCGGCUGCUCUGGAACCCCGACAUCGCUGCUGAGUUCAGACACGCCAAAGUGCCUCACCUUUACAAAGACGGCCACGAGGAGGCGCUGUCUCGCUUCACUCUGAAGAAGCUGCUCCUGCUGGUGUGUUUCCUGGACAAAGCCAAAGAGUCCCGGCUGAUUGAGCACAACCCCUGUCUGUUCUGCUUGGAUGCAGAGUUCAAGACGAGCAAAGACCUUCUCCUGGCCUUCUCCAGGGACUUCUUGAGUGGAGAGGGGAUCCUCCCACGGCACCUCAGCUACCUGGGGUUACCCGUUUCCCAUGUUCAGACACCGCUAGACGAGUUCAACUACGCUGUGAAGAAUUUGGCUGUUGACUUGAAAUGCGGCAUCCGUCUCGUGCGUGUGAUGGAGCUCCUCAUCCAGGACUGGAGUUUGUCUGCCAAGCUCCGUCUGCCAGCCAUCAGUCGCCUGCAGAAGGUCCACAACGUUGACGUUGCUUUGCAAGUUCUCAAAAGCAAAGGGGUUGACCUCAAGGAUGAACACGGCUCUAACAUUGAUUCCAGGGACAUUGUGGAUGGACACAGAGAGAAGACCCUGAGCCUCUUGUGGAAAAUUAUCUUCGCGUUUCAUGUGGAGGUGAUUUUGGACGCUGAUCAGCUGAGGGAGGAAAUUGGCUUCCUGAAGAAAACCUGGAGGACCAAACAGAGGCUGGCGUCUCUGAGGGCCGAUCGGGGCCUUCAGCCAGGUCCCGCAAAGACCACGGUGCCGUAUGAACACAGCAGCACUAAGAUCACCCUGCUGAUGGACUGGGUCCGAGCUGUGUGCGACUUCUACAAUCUGAGUGUGGAGAAUUUCACCGUGACAUUCUCGGAUGGCCGUGUCCUCUGCUACCUUAUCCACCACUACCACCCCAGUCUCCUGCCAGAGGAGGCUGUCAGUCAUAGCACCACACAGACUGUCGAGUGCUCACCGAGGGGUCGACUGGAGCUCAACUGCUCAGCCAGUGACUCUGACAACUCCUUUGACUCCUCACCGACAGGCUUGAAUGGCCCAGACUCACCAUCAGUGAAAUUCAAAGAGCUGCUAGAGAAUGAGAAAAACAACUUCAGACUGGUAAACACUGCUGUGUCUUUCCUGGGAGGAGUUCCUGCCAUGAUAAACCCAGCUGACAUGUCCAACACCAUCCCCAAUGAGAAGGUUGUGAUGUCUUACCUGUCCUUCCUGUGUGCUCGUCUUUUGGACCUGCGGAACGAAACCAGAGCAGCUCGGGUCAUACAGGGCGCCUGGAGGAAAUACAGAUUAAAGAAAGAUCUGCAGGUCUACAAGGAAAGAAACAAGGCUGCUAUGAAGAUCCAGUUAGUUGUGAGGAGUUUUCUCCAGAGGCGCAGAGCUAAGAGGCAAGUCUUAGCUGCCACUGUCAUCCAGUCAGUGUGGAGAGGUUAUGCAGCCCGCAACAGGCUGAGGCUACAAAAACAGGCUCAACGUCGGGCUCUGCAGCAUGAAGCAGCAACUGUCAUCCAGGCUCAGUGGAGGAUGUUUUCAUCCAUGCGGGCUUACCAGCGCCUCAGGUACUACGCCAUCAUUGUCCAAGCACAAUGGCGAAUGAGGAGGGCGGCCUCUGCUUAUGGAAGAAUCUAUUGGGCGAUGACUGUCAUUCAGAAGCACUUUCGAGCAUUGGCUCUGGCAAGAAGAGAUCGGGAACAUUUUCUCUCCCUUAGAGCUGCAGCGGUGAAAAUACAAAGCGGGUACAGAAGAUGGAAGACCAGGAAAACAGAGAAGGAAAACCAUGCUGCCAGAGUGAUACAAGCUGUGUUUAAGAAAUGGUACACAGACAAAAUGACUAAAAGAACUGCCGCUGCUGUUCAGAUUCAGUCCUGGUAUCGAAUGCAGAGGUGUCUUCAUCAAUACAGGAUGAUCAAGAGAAGCACUGUGCUUAUUCAAGCCUUGUACAGAGGUCAUGCACAGAGGCGCUGCUUUCAGACAUUGAAGCUGCAGCAGCACUCGUCUGUUGUCAUUCAGAGAGCCUUCAGAGGCCAUGUUGUCAGAAAACAGGUGGCGAAGAUGAAAUGCGCUGCGGUCAUAAUCCAGCGCUGGUUCAGGGCCUCUGUGAAAAGAGACAUGGAAAGGCAAAUGUUUUUGAGGAUGAAAUGUGCUGCCAUUACCAUACAGGCAGCUUAUCGUGGGAAAGUGGCUCGGGACUUGCUGAAAAAACAACACAAGGCUGCAACUGUAAUCCAGGCAGCUUUCAGGAAGCACACUGCCCAAAAGCGCUACCUUGUCCUGAGAAAAGCUGCUGCUCUGAUACAGCAAAAGUACAGAGCCACGGCUUUGGCUCAUAAGACAAAGAGGGAUUACGACACUCUUAGGAGUGCUGCACUUGCCAUACAAGCAAACUGGAGAGGCAGAGCUGACAGGCAGAGGAUAGAGAAGCAACAUCAGUGUGCGACACUAAUACAGGCUUGCUACCGUCGGCACAGAGCGCAAGCAGAGUACAGGUCCAUGAAGGCCUGUGCUUUGGUCAUACAGCGCCACUUCAGAGCUUAUAUGGCUGGAAAGGAGAUGAGGAGAGCAUUCCUGUACAUGAGGGCAGCCUGCAUUACACUCCAAGCUGGAUUCAGAGGCAUGAGAAUUAGGACAGAGCUGAAGAAAAAGCACCAGGCAGCAACUGUCAUUCAGUCUUCAGUUAGGAGGUUUUUAUGCAGGAAACGAUACGUCCUCCUACAAAGUGCAGCAAUUAUCAUCCAAAGCCGAUACAGAGCUCUUCUUGUCUGCAGGGCGCAGCAAAAUGCAUACAGAGAGCUAAAGCAAGCUGCGAUAAAGAUACAAGCUGUCUACCGGGGAUUUAGAGUGAGAGAUGACCUUACGAAGAGGCACAACGCUGCCAGAGCAAUCCAAGCUCAGUUCAGGAUGCACAGAACACGCAUGGCUUACCUUGCCACCAAGUGUGCUGCCAUCAUUAUUCAGGAACGUUACAGGGCCAAAACACUCAGGGAACGACAGAUUCAGAGGUACAGGACAAUGAAAUCUGCCGCUGUAGUCAUCCAGGCAGCAUAUCGUGGCUACAGAGCCAGGAGGAAGAUCGCAGUGAUACACCAAGCUGCUACAAUCAUUCAGAGAAAGUUUCUCACCUUUCGGGAAAGGAAGAGGUUCCUUGCUCUUAAGGCAGCAGCUUGGGUUUGUCAGCAGAGGUACAGAGCACUGACCAUGACAAAAAAAGAGCAUUUGGAGUACCUGUCAAAGCGCAGGGCAGUCAUUUGUCUGCAGGCAGCCUACAGAGGAUGUAAGGUCAGAACACAGUUGCGCAUCCAGCACGCUGCAGCUGCAACGAUUCAGUCUCACUUCCGGAUGUACCAGCAGAGAACCUACUACAAGACUCUCCGCAGGGCUGCCAGUGUUUUACAAGCACGCUACAGAGCCAACAAGAAGAUGAGAGAGGAGAUGCAAAGCCUGAGCGCCAAGAGAAAUGCUGCUAUUGUCUUUCAAGCUGCCUUCCGUGGAAUGAAAUCCAGACGAAUCGCUAAGCAAAGGCAUCAGGCUGCCAGUGUUAUCCAGCGAGCUUACAGAGCCCACUGUGAGCACAAACAGUAUCUGACCUUAAAAUCCUCCGUCCUCACUAUUCAGCGAAAGUAUCGGGCAACUGUAGCAGCAAAGCAACAAAAGCAGAAAUACCAAAAAUUGCGCAGCGCUGCUGUCAAGCUUCAGGCAGCAUUCAGAGGUCAGCAGGUCAGAAAGGAGGUUGCUCUUUGGCAUCAGGCUGCCACUGUGAUCCAGUCUGCAUUCAGAAAGCACAGAGAAGAAGUCAAAUUCCAGGCCAUGCGUCUGUCUGCCAUUAUCAUCCAGAGACACUAUCGCUCCUGUAUUCUUCAAAGGAAAGAAAGAGAAAACUUCCUAAAAGUCAGAAAUUCUGCCAUUGUUCUUCAGGCAGCAUUCAGAGGUCAUCGUGUGAGAAGCAGUAUCGCCAAGAUGCACAGGGCAGCUACUGUCAUUCAAGCAAACUUCAAGAAACAUAAACAGCAGUCAGCCUUCAGGAGACAGCGCUGGGCAGUGUGUGUCUUACAGCAGAGGUUUAGAGCUCAGAGACAGAGAAACAUUGAGGUAAAACAUUAUCAGGAGGUUAAAAAAGCUGUCAUUAAUCUACAAGCUGCACUCCGUGGAAUGAAAUCCAGAAGACUCAUCAAACAAAGACAUCACGCAGCCAGUGUUAUCCAGAGAGCUUACAGAGGCUACUCUGAACGCCAGCAGUAUCUAAAACUGAAAUGUUCCGUCCUUAGUAUUCAGCGAACAUAUCGAGCUUCUGUUGCAGCCAAAGCACAAAGAAAACAAUACCUGGAAAUGCACAGCGCUGCUGUCGUCCUUCAGGCAGCAUUCAGAGGUCAGCAGGUCAGAAAGGAGGUUGCUCUUUGGCAUCAGGCUGCCACCGUGAUCCAGUCUGCAUUCAGAAAGCACAGAGAAGAAGUCAAAUUCCAGGCCAUGCGUCUGUCUGCCAUUAUCAUCCAGAGACACUAUCGCUCCUGUAUUCUUCAGCGGCAAGAAAGAGAAAAGUUCCUUGAAAUUAAGCAAUCCAGCAUCACUCUUCAGGCAGCGUUUAGAGGCUGGUUUGUUAGGAGGGACAUAAGGCGACAAAACAGAGCCGCUGUUGUGAUCCAGUCGUGCUGGAAAUGCUCAGUACAGAGGCGCAUCUUCCAACGGAAGAGAGAGGCAGCUAUUAAACUUCAGCAGUGGGUCCGGGCAGUGCAGCUAGGCAGAUUGGAGAGGAACAACUACACCUGGAUGAGAAAGGCUGCCAUCACACUUCAGACACACUGCCGAGUCUGGAUCUCAAGACGACAGGUACUUGAGAGAGCCAAGGCAGAGAGGAGGCUCCGUUUUGCAUCCGCUGUCUUCCACCAUCUGAGUGCCAUAAAGAUCCAACGAGCUCUGAGAGCCCACCGGGCUUUGGAGUCGGCCAAAAGACAAAUCCAUUCUGUCAUCACCAUACAGCGAUGGGUGAGAGUGAGGCAGCAGAGGAGACGGUAUCUAGAGGACAGGAGGAAGGUGGUCGUAGCCCAGAGAGUGGUCAGGUGCUGGUUAGCCCGUCGCCACAAGGCUGCGUCUGUUAUCCAGCAGGCUGUCCGCAAAUUCCUCCUUCUUAGGCGCCAGAGGAGGGUUCAACAGGGCAUCGUCAAAGCUCAGGCUCUGUGGAGAGGACACCACUCCCGCCGACUGAACGACAAUCCCAAGGUGGUGAAGUUGAGACACAACCUGCGUGAAGUCUCCGCCAGCGUCCGAGAGGAGGACAAACUCUGUAACAAGACUUCGUCUGCCCUGGACUACCUCCUUCGAUACAAACACUUCUCCUAUAUCCUGGAGGCCCUGAAAAACCUGGAAACCGCCACCAGGCUUUCUCCAGAGUGCUGUGAGCGACUGGUAGAGAGCGGAGCCACCAAUGUCAUCUUCACACUCAUCCGCUGCUGCAACAGGAGCGUCCCCUGCAUGGACGUCAUCACCCACUCCAUCCAGAUCCUCCUCAACCUCUCCAAGUACCACAAGACCAUUGAAGCAGUGUACUCGGUGGAAAACUCUUUGGAGACGCUCUUAGAUCUCCUUCAGCGGUACCGGGAGAGGGCAGGGGAUAAAGUGGCAGAAAAGGGCGGCAAUAUCUUCACCAAGGCCUGCUUUCUUCUCGCUCUCCUCCUGCAAGAUCAGCACCGUGCUGUGGAGGUUAUGAAACUUCCUAAGGUCUUGGAUAGGAUACGCAGUAUUUACCGCCUCACCGCUCGCAAACACAAGAUGGAUGCUGAAAGAACUGUUAUGAAACAGAAGAUGAACGCAUCACUAAAUGGGAGCUUUUUCAUCCAAGCAACGCCUCGUAAAUCCCGGCCUGCGCCAAAAUUUGCACCGGAUUGGGUUCUUCGAAAGGACAAACUCAAAGAUAUUGUGGAUCCUCUCAGGGCUAUUCAGAUGGUGUCAAACACUCUAUCCAUUGUGUUGUAAAUAGACAAGCUUUUUAAUUUCGAUUUCGUUUUUUCUUUUCUUUUUUUUUCUUCAAAAAAUAUUUUAUGUAUUUCAGCCUUUUUUUAAAAAUAGCAUUUUGAUGUUUUCCUUGUAUAUAUUAAAAUGGGAUUUGUUUC